UUGAAAUACCUCACUGCAUUUUCCUGCGGGCUUCAGCGGAGGCAGAAGCAUCAAGCUCAGAGACUGGUGGCUGGAGCCCAGAAGGACCUGUAGACAACUUGAAUCUGGAUCUUUAGAUUUCCUGCUUUUUUUCUUUCUCCCAGCUCAGCAAGGAAAUGAUUGGGCACCCUGCCUUUUUCCUGGGGUCGUAAAAAGAAAAACUGCAUACAUGGACAGUGAGGGGCUGGGGUUAAUUUUUUUAAUGGGACUUGGGUACAGGAUAGGAGGCAAGGAAAGCCAGGAGCAUCACAGACAGAGAGAGUUAGAACUCAAACUUCUUACGUGCACUUUAAAAAUAGACAUUAGAGGUUAGCACAAAUCUGAUCAGUGACGCACGUCCACAUACAGGUGAAACACACACUCAACCUGCAACCACGCAGUUCUACAGACACACUUGAUCUGACACACUCUCUGUCUUCCUUGAGGUAAUGCAUUGCUCAGGGGAGCUUCAGGAAGAGCGCCAAUCCUGAGGGACCCCAGAACAUUCCCAUGGUGCCCCACCCACCAGCCUUAGACCUGGGGUGCUCCAAACUCUAUCCCAGCCCAGCUGCCUCCUAUCACAAGAAAAUCCAAGAGAAGCAGAGUUGGUUGGACACUGAUCAGUCGGAAGGCCAAGGACAGACCCCUGGAGGACUGCGUGGGCCCUGCUCUGCUUAAGGAGAAAGGAAGUAGAUGCCGUUCUGCCACUCAGCUUCGGGAACCACCGACUCCUGGGGGAGGAGGCCCUCCUUUUGGCUUUAAAAAGAGCUGUGCAACCUCUGCUGGGGGACUAACAGCAGGUCCUGGGAGGGGGGUUGCCUGGCGGGGGAGGGAUUAUUAGUUGGGUAAACAUAAACCCCAACUUGUGCCAUUCUUUAUAAAAUAAUUUUGAAGGCAAGAGGUGUGUGUGUCGGGGGAGCCUCCAAUGAGAUUACCUACACACUGCUCUGCAGUCUGGUUCCUGCGUGGGGACCCAGGUUUUCAGCCCGGCCACCCACCAGCGUUUGUAAGGACCCUAGCCCCCACUUCCAUCAUCCCUCCUGAAGCUUGGGAGCCGGUCCACAGGAGCCCCCACGGAAAGAGCCUCAAGUUAAUCUCCACAGAGGGUGUUCCGGGCUGAGAACUUUCCCCACAAAGGAUACCCACAGGGGACAUUUACACUGAGAGGUUACACAGAAUUACCUUGCCUCUGGGAGACUGAAAGACAACGCUUAGAAAGGUGCUUGGCCCCAGAGCUCCCCAGAAGGGAAGCAGGAUAUCCAAGAGACCCUUUGGAGCUGCCCAGCCGCUUCUACUGCCCACCCCCACCCCCACCCCUCACUCGCCGUUCUCUGGUGGUGCUCACUGCAGCCCUCCCUAGUUGCUUUAUUUAUUUAUUUUGCACCAACAGGGUUGCUGCAGACUCAUUCUCGCCUGGUUUAAAAAGAGAGAGAGGAAAAAAAAAAAAGGAGAAAUGCUUUCUGGCUCUUUUUCUACCUCGGUCUUGGCAGCAGCGGAUGCAGCACCAACAGAAGCAGCGGGCAGACAGGCGGACAGACGGGCAGGCAGGCAGACAGGCGGGCAGGGGGUCAGUGGGAGUGAGCUCCGGGGGCUGGCGUGAGCCAAGGUGCAGCUCGCAUGGGACGGCCCCCAGCUCUGGACAGAUGCAGCGCCCAACUUGAUGCGGCUCCCCAGCUUCUCCGGCCCAGGGAAGUCUAUGGUCACCAUCACCUGAAGCCACUUUCCAAAAAGGUCCAUGUCAUCAUCUGUUCCAGGAGUGAAGAGGGAAUGGCUGCAGCCACAGUAGCUCCAAAGCAAGCCUGGCCCCCGUGGCCCCCUCUCCUUUUCUUGCUCCUGUUGCCUGGAGGGAGCAGUGGCAGCUGCCCUGCUGUAUGUGACUGCACCUCCCAGCCCCGGGCAGUGCUCUGUGACCACCGGAGGCUGGAGGCCGUGCCUGGGGGACUCCCCGUGGACACUGAGCUCCUGGACCUGAGUGGGAACCACCUGUGGGCGCUUCAGCAGGGGAUGCUCUCCCGCCUGGGCCUGCUCCAGGAACUGGACCUCAGUUACAACCAGCUUUCCACCCUGGAGCCAGGGGCCUUCCAUGGCCUACGAAGCCUACUCACCCUAAGACUGCAGGGCAAUCGGCUGCGAAUCAUGGGGCCAGGGGUCUUCUCAGGCCUGUCUUCCCUUACCUUGCUGGACCUCCGCCUUAACCAAAUUGUCCUCUUCCUUGAUGGAGCAUUUGGGGAGCUGGGCAGCCUCCAGCAGUUAGAGGUUGGAGACAACCACCUGGUGUUUGUGGCUCCGGGGGCCUUUGCAGGGCUGGCCAAGCUGAACGCCCUCACCCUGGAGCGCUGCAACCUCAGCACAGUGCCCGGCCUGGCCCUGGCCCGGCUCCCCGAACUAGUGGCCCUAAGACUUCGAGAACUGGAUAUUGGGAGGUUGCCGGCGGGGGCGCUCCGGGGGCUGGGGCAGCUAAAAGAGCUGGAGAUCCAUCACUGGCCAGCUCUGGAGUCCCUGGAGCCCGGGAGCCUGGCUGGGCUCAAUCUUAGCAGCCUGGCCAUCACCCGCUGCAAUCUGAGCUCCGUGCCCUUCCAGGCACUGCGCCACCUGAGCUUCCUCAGGGUCCUGGAUCUAUCUCAGAACCCCAUCUCAGCCAUCCCAGCCCGAAGGCUCAGUCCCCUGGUGCGACUCCAGGAGCUUCGACUCUCCGGGGCCUGCCUCACCUCCAUCGCUGCCCAUGCCUUCCAUGGCUUGACUGCCUUCCACCUCCUGGAUGUGGCAGACAAUGCCCUUCAGACACUGGAGGAAACGGCGUUCCCUUCUCCAGAUAAACUGGUCACCCUGAGGCUGUCUGGCAACCCCCUGACCUGUGACUGCCGCCUCCUGUGGCUGCUCCGGCUACGCCGCCGCCUGGACUUUGGCACAUCCCCCCCUGCCUGUGCUGGCCCUCAGCAUGUCCGGGGGAAGAGCCUGAGGGACUUCUCAGACAUCCUACCUCCAGGGCACUUCGCUUGCCAACCAGCCCUGAUCCAAAAGUCUGGGCCACGAUGGGUCAUAGCAGAGGAGGGGGGACGUGCUGUUUUCUCCUGCUCUGGGGAUGGGGACCCCGCCCCCACUGUCUCUUGGAUGAGGCCUCCAAGGGCUUGGUUGGGAAGGGCUGGGCGAGUAAGGGUGCUAGAGGAUGGGACGCUGGAGAUCCGCUCCGUGCAGCUACGGGAUAGAGGGGCCUAUAUCUGUGUGGUCAGCAAUGUUGCUGGGAAUGACUCCCUGAGGGCCUGGCUAGAAGUAAUCCAAGUUGAGGCACCAAAUGGCACUCGCUUUGACCACAACAUUACCACACCGGGGGUCCCGGGGCCUUUCUUCCUAGACAGCAGAGGUGUAGCUAUGGUGCUGGCGGUUGGCUUCCUCCCCUUCCUUACCUCUGUGACUCUCUGCUUUGGCCUCAUUGCCCUGUGGAGCAAGGGCAAAGGACGGGUCAAGCAUCAUGUGACCUUUGAUUUUGUGGCACCUCGGCCCUCUGGGGAUAAGAACUCUGGGGGUAACCGGGUCACUGCCAAGCUCUUCUGACCUUAACUUUCAUGCUGGGGACCCGGCCAAACCAGCUUCAGAUAGCAAAAGGGAAGGGAAACAAGGCCACGUGGACCAGAACCCCAUCCCAAGCAGCACAGGCCUCCCACAAUCCUGCCUGCACCGUUAGCACAGCCAUGAUGCCUCCUAAUAGAGAGUCUGCCUCAUGCUUUUGCAGUCUGAGGAUAGCAGUGUCACCCCUUCCCAGAGGACCCCAGGGAGCUGGAGAUAUACACCUUAUAGUCAGCCCAGCCUUGCCCACCAUGCACAAAGCAGGAAACAUAACCAAGACUCCAGCCUGCUAGUCUAACCAUCAGCCUUCCCUUACACACACUUAUACUCUUUUAUAACCAAUACCAACUGCCAACCACAGCUUCAAGAUUAUUUCAGAGCAAAGUGUCAGUUGCUUCUUAGAAUCUUUGCUCCUCAAUCAGGUACUGUCCCUCUCUUUCUGCUUUGUUCCCUUCUCCAGGCACAAGGAACCAGGAUUGAGGACCUCAGGCUAAGGAGAGGAGGGUACAGUGUGGGAUGGGGAAGACAGAUGACACACUUGGUACUGUGUCCGCAUAAGCCUCCACCACUUGCCUCUGUCACACCAUUAAACCUGCUGCCCAAAGGCUAUGACUGUAGCA